AUGGGAAAAGAUGACAUGGUAAGAUACCAUGAUGAAAGAGCUGAUAUCUCUAGACUAUCAUAUGUAACGAAAAAUCAAGUACAACUGGCUAGUCCAACUUUGAUUGAAGUUGGUCAAAAUACUAAAUUGAUUUUGACGCCUCAAUCACGAGGACAAGUGGAAUUUGAAGUUACAAACCAAAGAAAUUUUGCCGUACUAUAUUUCUUCUCAUGCAGCGACGAAGAAAGUUUUUUGCAAGGAAUUCAACCCGACAGAAUGUACGUACAACCUGGACAAACAGUGAACGUUUUGGUAUUUAUUCAAGUAAAGCCCGGUGCUCAAGAAGGCUUAGUCGACCGAUUAACAUUUAGGGCAAAUGCUCAAGGUGAUAUAACCACAAAAUCGGCGCUUCUACAGGUUUCGACCUUAGGUGGUUCGCAUGACACCACACGACCAACACUGGAAUAUACUUAUGGUAGCAGAUGUGAAGGAAAGUUGGAAUAUGAUCGUUGUUCAGGUGCAAUAUGGACUUUGCAAAUUAGUGCAAGGGAUUACGACAGCGGUUUGUUAAGUUUGAGAUCAGUGCCAAAAGGCUUAGUUACCAGCUCGUACAGUGCUGGUACCAAAGAGCAAGUUUCAGCAUUUUACAGUGCCUCUUGUUGUAAUCCAAGAGUUGUACUAACAUCUACGGAUGUAGCCGGAAACCAAAAUUCCUACACUGUCGAUGUCUCAGAUAUCUAUUUAGAUUCGGCAUCUAUAGCAUUGAUAGUCGUCGGAAUUCUGUUACUGAUUGCUUUGGUCGUGCUAGUUGUCUUGGGUGUUCUUGCGUGUCUCAAGCGUAAACGUGCAUCAAGGGAUUUGCCGGCAUACCGAGGAGAAAGAGCAAGGAUUUAAAAUUUACUGAAUAUUGGUAGACAUACGUCGUAUUAUUAGAUUGAACAAAAUAUCGAAAAUAUACCAGUCAAAUAUCGAAAAUAUGCCAGUCAAAUUUUGGUGUUAAACAUAAAAUAUUAGAUAUAAAAAUUAUCAAAGAUGACGCUGAAUACUAAGUUUUUUUAAGGAGGUAUUCUAG